AUGAAUUUGAAAUCGGUCUCCAAAAUGACCACAAAAAAUGAUUCGAACCCACCGAACCCCUUGGGCAUAUCGUGGCACGAUAGCGCCUGGAUCAACGUACUCGACGGGAGCAACGUUCUCGAAUACUUCUCUGACAGAUCCAAUCCCUUCUACGAUCGAACGUGCAAUAAUGAAACCGUCAGAAUGCAGAGACUCGAUCCCGAAGUCAUGAACGAUAUGACCGGUCUCGAAUACAUCCUAUUGCACGUCCAGGAUCCGAUUCUGUACAUAAUCCGAAAGCAGCACCGACACAGCAGGACCCAGGUGACUCCGCAGGCCGACUAUUACGUACUGGCGGGGGUCGUUUAUCAGGCUCCGGAUCUCAAUACGGCUCUGAACUCGAGAUUGCUCUCGACAGUGUACCAUCUUCAAGGUGCUUUCGAACAGACACACUCCUUCAGCAGGUAUCAUCCCUCUAGAGGAUACUGGUGGGAUUUCGGGAAGGAGGAGGACCCUCAGAAAGACAAGGCAUCUGACCAGAAAGAAAACGGAAGUCUCUUCCAAAGACGUCGCGUCGACCUUCUGCUGGGAGAAUUGGCGCGGAGAUUCCCACCGAAAAUCGCAGCACCGGCACAACCCGUUGCCGCAUCAGCCGUGACGGCUAAUCCUGCACCGCAAGCGUCGGCCGCGGCUGGGAUCGGUGGUCCUGCUCCGGUUCAAAACGGGAAUUCCACCUCUGCCGGUAACAAUGCGGCGCCUAGCGCUGCGACAGGGGGUGGUGGCAGGGGGCCGAUUCGCCCUGGAGGAGGCGGGGUCUCCCAAGGGAAGUCAUGAUCACGAUUAUAUCGAGGUUCGAUUAUAGGUUUCAAAUAAAACUUUCACCGUGUG